CUUCAGAAGAUGCAGUCACUCCUACCCCUGCUGGCCUUUCUGUUGUUGCCUGGAGCUGAAGCAGAGGAGAUCAUUGGGGGUCAUGAAGCCAAAGCCCACUCACUCCCCUACAUGGUGUUUGUUCAGGUUCUUCAUGAUGGCAAGAAGAGUAGGUGCAGUGGUGUUCUUGUGCGAGAGGAUUUUGUCCUGACAGCAGCUCACUGCUGGGGAAGAUUCAUUAACAUCACCCUGGGGGCCCACAACAUCAAGAAGCAAGAAAAGACUCAGCAGCACAUCCCUGUGAAAAAAGCCUUCUGCUACCCAGAUUAUAAUAGGAAGGUUUUUUCCGGUGAUAUCAUGCUACUCCAGCUGAAGAUAAAGGCCAAACGGACAGCAGCUGUGCGCUCGCUCCCCCUGCCUGGGAGAAAGGCCCGAGUGAAGCCAGGGCAGAUGUGCAGUGUAGCUGGAUGGGGCCAGGUCUCAGUGGACAAGGACUCCUUAUCAACAACUUUGCAAGAAGUAGAGCUGACUGUGCAGGAGGACCAGAAGUGUGAGGGUCUCUUCCCCAAGUACUACAGGAAAGCCACUGAGAUAUGUGUGGGGGACCAGAACAAGAAUAAGACUGGGUUUAAGGGUGACUCAGGGGCUCCUCUUGUAUGUAAGAACACUGUCCAGGGUAUUUUCUGCUGUGCAAGUGAAAAAGGGACACCUCCAGGAAUCUUCACGAAGGUCUCACCCUUCCUGCACUGGAUCAAAAAAACAAUGAAGCUCUCUAAAAGCAGGCCAUCAAACUUCUGUGGCCAACAAUUUUUGGGGAGGAUUUAA